AUGAACAAUUUAGCUAUUCAAGAAUAUUUUGAGCUUGCAUUAGUAUUUAUUCAAUGCGUUUAUCAUUACCUUCAACAGCAACAACAACAGCAACAACAGCAACCAAAGAAGAAAGAUGAAGAUGAAGCAAAUCCUGAACGAAACAUUGCCAUAAAUUCAAUAUUGGAUUCUAUUUCAAGUAGGUUGUUUGCAAUACAUUUUCAAUCCACCAUUUAUCAGAGAAUACCAUUGUUUGUCAUAUAUACUAUUGAAAGUAAUGAAGGUCUGCCUUAUGAUGAAACUAGAUUGUCACCAACAAUAUCGACGAAUUCAUUAACUUCAACGGCAUCAACACUGUCAACAACAUCUCUUACUUCAAGAAUGACAUCUGAUGAACCACCUCCUGCUCCAACAUUACCACGGUUAUUAUUACCAUCCUCACAUUCAACCUCAGAGUUGGAUUUAUCAGAUCCUUUACCUUUACCAUCACCUUCAGUUUCCGCUUCUGUCUCACCUAUGCUAUCGCCGUCAUUAACAACAUCACCACCACCAUCACCACCACAACUGCCACCCUCUAUACCAAUGCAAUUUCCAUUACCACUACCAUUACCACUACCACGACCAGAACCAGAACCAGAACCCGCCCAACUACAAUUGCCUGCUAUAGCACCGCCACCGCCACCUUUAUUAGUAGAAACAGAAUCACCAAUACCAACACAGCUCAGAAAUGAAAUUGUUCCACUUCACAAUAUUGAUCAAAGUUCUAGUUCAGACACUGAAAGUGUAGUUGGUGUAAAAGAAUUGAAAGAGUUAAUUAAAGGUAGAGAAGUAUUGACAUUUGGACCAGAUGGUUAUAGUCAAUCUAUAAAUGAUGAGAUUCUUCCUCAAAUGACCCUGUCAACUCCACUGUCAACAUCGUUCACUAGAUUGACAAAAUUGCUUGAUACUGAGGGCAAUGAAUAUUUAUUACACCUGAAUGGAUUUGUGACUCCCAUCAUUAAGAAUCAUGAUUUAAAUACCAUGGAAAUCAAUUCAGUAAUGGCUAACUAUAACAACAAUACUAACAAUGGUUAUUCCUAUAAUAAUAGAAGUACGGUUUUGCCAACAAAUGCUGCUGGCUUAUCAACAACAAUCCCACCAUCAACUACUACUGCAACCACCAAUACCAAUAGUAGUGCUAUGGCUAAUGGUGCAACGAAUACAUUCUUAUCACUAAUUAACAACAACAACAACAAUACUAAUAAUGAUAAUAGAAAAAGAAGAAGAUUGAACCAAUCCCCUUAUAGAAACUUGACUACACGUAAUUCUCGUGCACCAAAUAAUGAUCGAUUAAAAGAAUUUCAAACCCAAAUUUUAGAAUUGACUCAAUUUUAUGGUGAUUUAGAUCUAGGCACUAAUAAUCGAUUUGGAGCAGUUGAUUCAACAACAAUAAUCAUUGGAACCAUAAGUCGUUCAAACAGUUCAAAAUCUAGUUUCCGUAGUAGUUUAAGAACUAGUUUAUGUAAGGAUGAUAGUAGUCAGUCAUCUAAUUCUCCAGCUAGUUUUAAUGUGCAUAAAAAUAGAUAA